AUGUGGACAGAGUGGAUUGUAGCUGCUCUGUUAGUGGCAGCUGUAUGUGGCAUGCACGGAGAGACGAACACGGUCCUCAGAGUCACCAAAGACGUGCUGAGCAAUGCCAUUUCCGGCACCCUGCAGCAGAGCGAUGCCCUCCGCUCGGCCCUGAGAGAGGUGCCCGUGGGUGUCGGUGGAGUCCGCUACAAUGACUUCCACAUCCGAGACCCCCCCCCAAAGUAUACCAACGGCUACCAGCUGGGUGGCAAUUACAAGUACGGUCACAUCCAGACCAACGAAAACACGGCUCAGCUGGGCGGCAAGUACCGCUAUGGCGAGAUCCUGGAGUCCGAUGGCAGCGUCAGGGACCUCCGCAGUGGCAGUGACGUGGACACCUAUGGUGGGAGCAGGGGCCAUGGACGAUACCGCUCAGCGGAAGGCUCUGGCGUCGUGGGCAGGCUGCACCGGCGGGACCUGCGGCAGCAGCUGCGGCCCGGAGAGCUCCCCCCCGGGGUGGCCACAGGGGCACUGGGCCCCGGCGGCCUGCUGGGCACAGGUGGCAUUCUGGCCAACGAAGGCGUCUUGUCAGGCCAAGGGGGCCUGCUUGGUGGAGGCGGUCUCCUCGGUGACGGAGGACUUCUUGGAGGAGGGGGAGUCCUGGGUGUUCUCGGCGAGGGCGGCAUCCUCAGCACCGUGCAGGGCAUCACAGGGUUGCGCAUCGUGGAGCUGACACUCCCCCGCGUGUCGGUGCGGCUUUUGCCAGGCGUGGGUGUGUAUCUGAGUCUCUACACCCGUGUGGCCAUCAAUGGAAAGAGUCUUAUUGGCUUCCUGGACAUCGCGGUGGAGGUAAACAUCACAGCCAAGGUCCGGCUCACCAUGGACCGCACGGGCUACCCUAGGCUAGUCAUUGAGCGGUGUGACACCCUCCUGGGGGGCAUCAAGGUCAAGCUGCUUCGUGGGCUUCUCCCCAACCUCGUGGACAACUUAGUGAACAGAGUCUUGGCCAAUGUCCUCCCUGACUUGCUCUGUCCCAUUGUGGAUGUGGUGCUGGGACUUGUCAACGACCAGCUGGGUCUCGUGGACUCACUGAUUCCUCUGGGGAUACUGGGCAGUGUGCAGUACACCUUCUCCAGCCUUCCGCUUGUGACUGGAGAAUUCCUGGAGCUGGACCUCAAUACCCUAGUUGGAGAGGCUGGAGGGGAUCUCAUUGACUACCCCUUGGGGCGGCCAGCUGUGAACCCCAGGCAGAAGAUGCCAGAACUGCCACCCAUGGGUGACAACACCAACUCUCAGCUGGCCAUCUCUGCCAACUUCCUGGGCUCAGUACUGACGCUCCUGCAGAAGCAGGGGGCACUGAACAUCGACAUCACAGAUGGCACAUUUGAAGAGCUGCCUCCUCUCACCACUUCCACACUGGGAGCCCUGAUUCCCAAGGUGUUCCAGCAAUACCCUGAGUCCCGCCCACUCACCAUCAGGAUUCAGGUUCCCAACCCACCCACUGUGACGCUGCAGAAGGAUGAGGCAUUGGUGAAGGUAUUUGCCACCGCUGAGGUCACUGUGUCCCAGCCCAAUGAUGUAGAGACUACCAUCUGCCUCAUCGAUGUGGACACAGACCUCCUGGCCAUGUUCUCUGUGGAGGGAGAUAAGCUGAUGAUUGAUGCCAAGCUGGACAAGACCAACCUCAACCUUAGAACCUCAAAUGUGGGCAAUUUUGAUGUCGGCCUCAUGGAGAUGCUGGUGGGGAAGAUCUUUGACCUGGCAUUUAUGCCUGCUAUGAAUGCCAUGCUGGGCUCUGGUGUUCCACUCCCAAAAAUCCUCAACAUCGACUUCAGCAAUGCAGACAUCGACGUCUUGGAGGACCUCCUGGUGCUGAGCACCUGAGUGGAAAAGGCAGAGAUGCUGCUGCAGACCCGGAAGAAGCCAGAUCCAGUCCUGGAGACACUCAGCUGGCACAGUCUUAAGUCCUUUUUGCCCCCACCCCAGGGUCCUUCCCAGCCUGCCAGUCCUCUUCUCAACUCCCCUCAUCCCAAGAAAGGACCCAACCAUCAGACCCAUUGGCAACCGGCCCCAUUGAUGGUCCACCCCAUGGCCAGACCCCAGCAGGAGAAGGAGAUCUCAGGAGGACCGAAGCCUUUCGGACUGUGUGUGGUCUCCAAGCUGUGUAGUUCACACCUUUAAUAAAAACACCCAC